CGCUCGCAGGGCGUUUGUUAUUCGCAAGAAUUCCCGCAGCUGACGUGUCUAAUCGCUUUUCCGCCGUAGCUAUACUGCGUGUUGCAAACAUUCGAGGCAACAGACCCGUUCCCCUCGACGUUCACGCCACUGAUCCCCUGGCAUCCGUGUUGACCCUCCGGCGAGAAUGUCCAAACCAUGGCCACAGUUACCGGUCGGUAACAAUGACUAUAGCUCGCCUUUUGUGACGAUUAUCGGGGCUGGCAUCUCCGGAUUGUGCAUGGCAAUCGACCUCAUCAAGCGCAACAACUGCAGGAACUUUGUGAUCCUUGAGCGGAGUGGUGGAAUCGGCGGAACUUGGCGUGAUAAUAAGUAUCCCGGCUGUUGCUGUGAUGUCUUUAGCAUAUUGUAUAGCUAUAGCUUCGAGCAGAAUCCCAACUGGUCAAGAUUGUAUCCAGGCCAAGAGGAGCUUCUUGAAUACAUUAUCGGAGUUGCAGAGAAAUACUCCCUUCUUAAGCACAUCAGGUUCAACAGCUCUGUCGAGUCGGCCCGCUGGGAUGAAGAGCAAAAGAAGUGGAAGGUGCAUGUCAGUGUGGAUGGUGGGAAAGAUGGCGAGUACAGCGCGACGUACGCGUUGACGACCGACUUUUUGGUGUCAGCGGUAGGGCAACUAAACGCACCACAAAUGCCGAACAUCCCCGGACUUGACGGCUUCAAAGGCAAGAUGAUGCAUUCAGCGCGAUGGGAUUGGACGUACGACCUGGAAGGAAAGAGAAUAGGCGUGAUAGGUAAUGGUGCCACAUCUGUCCAGAUCAUUCCUGAGAUUGCGAAAGUCGCGUCUCAGGUAACAGUCUACCAACGAACUCCAAAUUGGGUCGUGCCGCGUUUGGACGAAGCGACGCCAGCAUAUAUGAAGGCUGUCUAUAAAUACGUUCCGGGAGUCCUUCAGCGUGUGCGCUCGGCGAUGAUGGACUUUCGAGAGAGUAGUCACGAAGCAGUGACGGACAAAGAGUCAGAAAUGUCUCAAUUGUUCAGAUCGGAAUGCGAGAAGUCUAUGCGACGAGAAUUUCCGGAUCAACCAGAGAUGUGGAAGAAACUUACUCCCGAGUAUGCGCCAGGCUGCAAGCGGAUCAUAAUCAGUGACGACUACUACCCGGCUCUGGCGAGAGACAACUGCUCGCUUGAAACCCGGAAAAUUGAACGAAUCUCAGAGAAGGGAGUCGUAGUCGACGGGGGUGAAGAACAAGAGUUCGAUCUUCUUGUUUGUGCCACUGGGUUCAAGACUGUACAGUUCAUGUACCCGAUCGACAUAUAUGGAAAGAAUGGACGGCCAUUCUCCGAUAUCUGGAAGGACGGGGCGACUGCGUUCCAAGGCGUGACAGUCGAGGAUGCGCCAAACUUUGGUAUAUUCUACGGCCCCAACACCAAUCUGGGGCACAAUAGUAUCAUUCUCAUGAUUGAAGCGCAGUCGAGGUAUCUGAAUGAGCUGGUUGGGCGUGUUCUAAAGGCUCGCCAAUCCGGCAGAAAGCUUGCUCUGUAUCCCAAACAAGAGCGAGUAGCCGAGUUCAACAACAAGGCACAGGAAAUCCUGAAAAGAACGAGUUUCAACGAUCCCGGGUGUAAAUCCUGGUAUAAAAACGAGAGUGGGCGGAUCACCAACAAUUGGUAUGGAACAGUGCUGGAGUACCAGAACAUGUUAUCCAAGGUUGACUGGAAAGACUAUGUUGCGGAAGGAGACGGCGUGAAUGCGCUACCAGAAGAGAAGGAGUCGAGAAUCGGAAGGGUGCAUGAAGAAACCAUGAUAAGUAACACUACGGUUGUGUUGAGUUUACUGAGUGCUGUCGCUGUCGCAGGUGGCGUAGCGUCUGGGCGGCUGAACUUGGGCAAAUUGCUUUUUGCGUCAUGAGCAAUGUCAUAAGGGCAUACCUACAUAUCUUUCAUUUGUUGUAUUCAGAUCUUAUAAGGUACCUGAGAUGAUAGACGGAUUAGACGUUGAUAGAGGGUUAGGUCAACGAGAAGGAAGUAAUAAUAGGUUACAUGAACCGCAAACAGAGAUACAGCUGUUUCGGGUAAUAAUUAAUUGAAUGUCGUG